AUGGAGGAACUAGGAAUCUAUCCUACCAAGCCAGAAAACCUCGAUACUCCAGCAUCGUCAAUUGCGAAAUUCGACAAUUCUUCAAAAGCUAAACAUGCCAACCAAUCCAACACCAAUAAUGACGCCUACUUGAAGUUGAAGAAAUUGGAAAAGCAAUUGGAUUUGCUCCAAUUACAAGAAGACUACAUUAAGGACGAACAAAGAUUCUUGAAGAGAGAAUUGGUGAGAGCUCAAGAAGAAGUUAAAAGAAUUCAAUCCGUUCCAUUGGUUAUUGGGCAAUUUUUGGAACCUAUCGAUAACGUCUCGGGUAUAGUUUCCUCGACUGCUGGGUCAGUGUACGUUGUCAAGAUUUUGUCUACUUUAGACAGAGAAUUAUUGAAACCAUCCAGUUCUGUGGCCUUACACCGUCAUUCAAAUGCUCUUGUCGAUAUUUUGCCACCAGAAGCCGAUUCCUCGAUAUCGAUCUUGGGAGAAAAUGAAAAACCAGAUGUGACCUACAAUGAUGUUGGUGGUUUGGACAUGCAAAAACAAGAAAUAAGAGAAGCGGUAGAAUUACCAUUGACCCAGGCAGAUCUAUAUAAACAAAUUGGUAUAGAUCCACCAAGAGGUGUGUUAUUAUAUGGUCCACCAGGUACUGGUAAGACCAUGUUAGUCAAGGCGGUUGCCAAUUCUUCAACUGCGUCUUUUAUCAGAGUUAAUGGCUCAGAGUUUGUUCAAAAAUAUCUUGGUGAAGGUCCUAGAAUGGUGAGAGAUGUUUUCAGAUUGGCCAGAGAAAAUUCGCCUUCGAUCAUUUUCAUCGAUGAAAUCGAUGCGAUUGCUACAAAGAGAUUCGAUGCCCAAACUGGCGCUGAUAGAGAAGUUCAAAGAAUUUUGUUAGAAUUAUUGAAUCAAAUGGAUGGGUUUGAUCAAACUUCGACUGUCAAGGUCAUCAUGGCCACCAACAGAGCUGACACCUUGGACCCUGCUUUGUUGAGACCUGGUAGAUUGGAUCGAAAAAUCGAAUUCCCUAACUUGAAGGAUAGAAGAGAAAGAAGAUUAAUUUUUCAAACUAUUGCGAACAAAAUGUCUUUGGCUCCAGAAUGUGAUUUGGACUCUUUGAUUGUCAGAAAUGAACCUUUGUCCGGUGCUAUCAUUGCCGCUAUUAUGCAAGAAGCCGGUUUGAGAGCUGUGAGAAAGAAUAGAUAUGUAAUUUUACAAAACGAUUUGGAAGAAGCCUACUCAAGCCAAGUUAAAACUGGUUCUGAUGUGGAUAAAUUUGAAUUUUAUAAAUAA